AUGAGUUUAGAUGUUGGUGCCGCGAUAUAUGUAUCAUUAAAACCAAUUUUAAAGAUAUAUGCUAUAAUGUUCAUUGGGUUUCUAUUAGCCAGAUAUAAUAUUGUUUCAAUGGAGGUUGCCAGAGGUAUAUCGAAUAUGGUGGUGAAUGCUAUACUACCAUGUUUGACUUUUAAUAAGAUUGUAAGUAAUAUUUCAUGGAAGGAUAUAAAAGUCAUUGGCGUGAUCUUACUCUCUGCAAUUUUACUGUUUGUUGUAGGUGGUGCCUGUUCAUUCCUAACAAAAUUAGUUACCCCUGCGCCAAAGAUGUGGUUUUGGGGGUUAUUAUUUGGAGGAAUUUUCCCAAAUAUAUCAGAUUUACCCAUAGCCUAUAUGCAAAGUAUGGGGAAUGGCAUGAUAUUCGAUGAAACUCAGGCAAAUAAAGGUGUCGCAUAUUCUUGUAUAUUUUUAUUUGCUCAAAGUUUUCUCAUGAUGAAUUUUGGGAUGUGGAGACUAGUUGGGUUCGAUUUUAAGGACAUACAGGGUGACAGUACAACUGAUACUGAUGAUGACGUCGUUUUAGAUAGGGAGAUUAAUGGACAACUCAAUGAUUCUGAUUUCAAAAGAAAGAAUUCUUCAAGAAAUUCUCAAGUUGCUUCAUCUCCUGCAAAUGACAAGAAAGACCCUAAAGUGCCUACGAUUCAUGUGAGUACGAGGUAUACAAAUGAAAAUUUUAAUCGACCUCAACGAAGUGAUAUAGAUACAAACUCAGAUGAUUUUGAACUGUAUAGUAUUGACAGUUAUGCAGAUUCUGAAUAUGAUGAUAACGAUAAUAAUUAUGUCGAGACGAAUUCCCCUUCUCGACUGAAUCUAGAAGAUCAUAGGAAAAAUGUUAAAUCUACAGAAAACGAUACACAAUCCAAGGAUAGCUCAUUUUCGAAAUAUGGAAUGAGUCGAAUUACUCCAGUCAUAUCAUCACCAGCAGUUAUAAGAACUAAUAAAAUUCCUUUGUCUACUAAUAAGGAACCGGAGUUCAACUUAACAAGAAAAUUAUCAAUUACAAGGGCAUUAGAGAAAUCCUUGAUAAGAACUCAGACUGAAAAAUCUGUAGUGAAUAGUAUGAUUGCAGAGUAUAGUGCUGUACAAAGAAUUAAAUCGGGACAAUUAAACUUACAUCGUCCAUUGACAUUGACUCAAUACAUCGGAGAAGAAAAUACUUGUUUAGGUUCAAUAUAUAACGAACAAUCAUUGACAUUGCAACAAGAUAUUGAAAACAUGCCGCAUAGUAUAGUGUCACAGAAUAAUAAUAAGAGUGUCAACAAUUUGAGUGACGUUCAUGAAAAAGACAAGAAGACUUACACAGUAAUGAAAAGAUUAAAGUUACGAAUUUCAAAAUUUAUCAGACAUUACCAUUUAGGAUGGUUAUCUUAUUUUUUGAUCAAUUGUCUAAGACCUGCCUCUCUGGGAGCUUUACUAGGUAUCAUAUGCGCAUUGAUUCCUUGGGUCAAAGCUUGUUUUGUUGAUACAUAUGUGCAUGUUCACAAGGCUCCAGAUAACCUUCCCGUAUUGAAUUUUAUUAUGGAUUUUACUGCAUACAUUGGGAAUGCCUGUGUCCCACUAGGUUUACUUUUACUGGGGGGUAUGUUGGCUCGAUUAGAGGUGGAAUCAAUACCGAAAGGUUUUAUGAAAACAGUAAUAAUGCUUACUGUCUGUAGACUAGUAAUCAUCCCUAUUAUUGGGAUACUUUGGGCAAACAAAUUAUAUGAUAUGAAUUGGCUUGAUAACGACGUUAGUAAAUUCAUCAUGAUUUUGACUUGGUCAAUGCCUAGUGCCACAGCGCAAGUUUAUUUCACCGCAUUCUAUUCCCCAGUGGAAGGUAAACAUGAACAGAUGGACUGUUUAUCUAUAUUCAUGUUGAUACAGUACACGGUACUUUUUAUUACUUUGUCAUUUGUUGUCACAUACACUUUAAAAGUUGAUCUUAAAGUGUAA